AUGAUCGCUGUGCUGAGAGCGUCCCAGCUGCCUCUGGUUCGCUCGGCGUUACAGUCGGUGACGUCAGCGUACUCAGAGGUCAAAGGUCGUUUCCCUCUGCUGGGUCUGAUGGGAGAAGUGGCCGAGGUCGGCGUUAGCAGAGUCUUCCACGUCGCCAUAAGCAGAGCAACCCCACUCCUCCAGAGCCUGGAGCCGCAGAUUGAUAUUGCCAACAGUUUUGCUCUGGUUGGUCUCGACCGUCUGGAGAGAAACUUCCCCGUCUUGAAUCAAUCAACAGGCCAGGUGGCGGGUCACCUGAAGGACGCCCUCUUCCUGACGCUGGACGACGUGCAGCUGUUGGUGGUGGACGGUUUGGACAGCACUCUGAAUCUGCUGGAGCGUCUGUCUGAUGUCGGUCUGUUGGCCGUCAAGCUGCUGCAGGAUGUUCAGGUGGCCCAGGCUGUGACGACAGGACUGGAUGACGUGCUGAGUCGUCUGGAGGACGCCACCGUCUACUACCUGCCCCUCCCACCCACGAUGCGUCGGGAGUGGGAGAUGAUGGUGCAGGAGUACGAGGAUGAAGAUGAGGACGAUGAGCCCAGUCUCUGGACCAGGGUCCGCAGCCUCCUGCUGAGACUCAGCCUGCUGCUUUAUCACCGCACAAUGAAGGUCAGGGAGCAGCUGCAGAAAGCCGCCAGGACGCUGGGAGACGCAGCGUACGCGGUGGGUCUGGGUCAGGUCCUGGAGCUGGUUGGUAAGCUGCUGCAGUACCUGCAGAGCCUCCUGAUGGUGCUGGUGUACCGGGCAGAGAGUCUCAGGGAGCUGACCCUGGACAGGGUCAGAGGUCAAGCCGCCAUGUUGGCUGAGCUGCAGCCCGUACGUCAGAUCAGAGAGCUGCCGGUUCAGAUCCAGAAGCUGCUCCGAGACCUGCAGGAACUGUCCAAGAUACUGCUGCAGCUGCUGAUCAACACCACACCGCUCUACAGCAUGCUGCAGCAGCCGUCUGAUCAGGAGGUGAAGGACUUCCUGAGCCAGGAUGGCUCCAUGGCCGACAGUUCGUCUCGUCGCAGCUCAGCUAACAGUCUGUUCCUGAAGGCGAUGGACGGCCGUCCUCGCCGGCGUCGGAGUCUCUACUCCCUCACCGCCCGAGGCUCGGGAAGCCCCCAGAGCCCCCUGCCCCCCAACGGAAGCCAGUCCAGCCUGAAGGACCCCCUGGCCUUGGAAUUGGAGGACCUGCCUGUCCCUUCCAACGGCGUCGUCCACCGCCGGCCGUCUGCCACAGAGCUGUUCCUCGCUCCGCUCAAACAAUUUAUCUCUCAGAGCCAGAAGGCCCUCGAGUACCUGAGCACUAGCUCCCCUGACAACGGCGACAACAUCGACAGUGCCAACAAUGGCGAGAAUGCUGACACCAUUGAUCACAUCAACAGUGCUGAAUGUGCCGACAGCACAAACCGCAGUGACAAUGCAGAUUGUGGCGAAUACGGUGACGCCACUGACUAUAGCGACAACACAGACAAGGCAGACCGCGGUGACAAUGCAGACUGUGGCGAAUACGGUGACGCCACUGACUAUAGCGACAACACCGACAAGGCAGACCGUGGUGACAAUGCAGACUGUGGCGAAUACGGUGACGCCACUGACUAUAGCGACAACACCGACAAGGCAGACCGCGGUGACAAUGCAGACUGUGGCGAAUACGGUGACGCCACUGACUAUAGCGACAACACCGACAAGGCAGACCGCGGUGACAAUGCAGACUGUGGCGAAUACGGUGACGCCACUGACUAUAGCGACACCACAGACAAGGCAGACCGCGGUGACAAUGCAGACUGUGGCGAAUACGGUGACGCCACUGACUAUAGCGACAACACCGACAAGGCAGACCGUGGUGACAAUGCAGACUGUGGCGAAUACGGUGACGCCACUGACUAUAGCGACAACACAGACAAGGCAGACCGCGGUGACAAUGCAGACUGUGGCGAAUACGGUGACGCCACUGACUAUAGCGACAACACCGACAAGGCAGACCGCGGUGACAAUGCAGACUGUGGCGAAUACGGUGACGCCACUGACUAUAGCGACAACACCGACAAGGCAGACCGCGGUGACAAUGCAGACUGUGGCGAAUAUGGUGACGCCACUGACUAUAGCGACAACACCGACAAGGCAGACCGCGGUGACAAUGCAGACUGUGGCGAAUAUGGUGACGCCACUGACUAUAGCGACAACACCGACAAGACAGACCGCGGUGACAAUGCAGACUGUGGCGAAUAUGGUGACGCCACUGACUAUAGCGACAACACCGACUAUGGCAAAAACGCAGACUGCACUGAUAAACCUGACAACAGCGACAGAAUUGAUCGCGGCAACACUGAAAGUUCAGACUGCGGCAAUGAUGCAGAUAACGAUGAAUGCGCAGACAGCGCCAAUCGAGACACUGACGGCUCCCACUGUGACGGCAGCGACUACGGCAACAGUGCAGAGAGCUCCGAAAACACAGACUGUGAUUAAAUGAUUUGAUUGAAUAACAAACGACUCGACCUGUUCAUGUGCUGUUGGCUGAAAAUCUUUAUCUGAAACGAAACUUGAUCGUAACGGACUUUCAGUUCAAGGCGGACAUGAGUGUGAGAAAGUUUUAUCCUUAAACAAUAUAUUAUUAUUUGAAUUUAUCAACAGAAUCCAGCCCUGUCCACGGCUACACGUAUUUCUAAAAACAUAGCGUGUUUUAGGUCACUGAAGACCUUUUUGAAAACUCCUUCCAGGGUGAAGAUCUGCAGAAACCCUGUUUGAAGUGUGCAGACAGUGAAACUGAGUUUUGGGUUCGUGACGUCAGAGUUUGCGUCGUGAUCUUUUUAUUUAGACGAGGAGGAAAAACCCCGUUUAUAAAAAUCUCUGUACGCGUGGACCAGGCCUCUGUUUCUCUGCUGUUUGUGUAACUCUGUAUCUACGAAGCCUUCAUGUAAAAAGUAAAGCGCAUCUGUUCCAACAUGCUGCUGACUGACAUCUUAAAAUAAAGCUUCUCUGCAGCUUCACUUCAGUGUGUUUGUAUGAAAACUGACUCAGACUCACUUUGUUCAUUCAGACUUUAAUCAGAAAAAUCACAAACAUCUGAGGCAAUAAAAAUACGUUUCAACAUGCUGACGUCUGUUUGCAUCACACUACAUCUGCAUUAUGAAUGUAUUUAUUCACAGGAUAUUACAGCACAAGGGAAAUUAUGUCUCUUU